GACAGAAAUGCCGAUCAAAAGAUGGGAACACACAUAAUACAACAACUACGAAGGCUGCCCGGUGCUGUUGCUGCUUUAGCAGUGAUUCACAUAAUUCUUUUAUUAUGCCGGGAUGCUGCGUGCUACAUGGUCAUUGUGACAGAAAAUGAUGAGCCAAAUAAGAUAAUAUUCAACGCUUCGGUUUACAAACUAGGCUCGGAACGGCACUAUAAAAUCAACGCACAUAAAACAGCAAAUUUCGUACAUCAUUUACUUAAGGUCGACUCCCACACGGGUCAGAUUUAUCUUAAGAAACGACUGCACUGCGAUGGUAUUUAUUACCCAAAUUUGUUCACAUUUUACGUGGAUUCUACCUCAAAUCGCCUGCGUAGCAUAGACUAUUAUAGUCUUCCGUUACGAAUUUUCAUAGCGGGCAUAAACUGCACCGACGAUAAUAUUGCCGAAGGUUUCCGGAAAUUAUUUGAAGAAGAUGAUUCAGGUUAUACUAGACGGCGACGGGAAGCUAGUGAUGAGGAUACAGACAUCCGAAUGUACGGACACUAUCGAGGAGAUAGUUUACAAGACUAUUUUGAGGAAUAUCCUUGGUUGGGACUGAGACAAAGAUCAAAUAAUAAUAAUCACAGCUCUUUUUCGGACGGCGAUAUCCUGUUUGGGAAUGCUGGUAAUAGUGAAAUCCGUCAUGAAAUGAUAGUGCGAAAAAAAAGAAACCUUGUAGAAUCCUCUGAGCAACGAAUUCAUCGUAAAAUAAAUGAUGCUAAACAAUGGAUUUCUGAAUCGUAUGCUUCAUAUGCUAUCCAUACAACAGACAAAUGGAACAAAAUAUGUCUUAAACAGUCCCAGUUUAUAAACUCCAUCCAUUCUUUUUUGCCAAAAACAGCCAUUCAGCAUUGUACUGUAAAAUACUUAGACGUGAACGAUGGGCGCUUUAAGAUUGAAACCAAAUCCGGAGAUUUAGUUGCCAGUAAUGACAUUUGUUUGUCUGAGUCACUUUGGAAAGUUGUUAUAACUUAUACAGUAAAAUGUGAUCGCUUUGACAUUAUAGACGCAGAUCACAGACUCAAAAUCGUGUAUCACCAUCAAGAGUUAAACGAUACUGACAUAGCAAAACGUGUUAGACGCGAACUCAGGAAUCAAAGUCCGUAUUUCGAACAAGCGUUGUAUGUGGCUGCUGUGCAGGAGGAGCAAGUUGCUGGAAUUGCUGUCAUCACAGUCCGCGCUCGUGAUCCAGAAGACUCGCCUGUAGUAUAUUCUAUGGUUUCACUACUAGACUCCCGGUCCCAAUCCAUGUUCAAAGUUGACCCACGAACUGGUAUAGUAACUACUUCAACCAGCCUCGAUAGAGAAUUGAUGGAUGUACAUUAUUUUCGAGUUAUCGCUACAGAUGAUAGUUUUCCACCGAGGUCUGGCACUACGACCCUGCAAGUUAAUGUUCUGGAUUGUAAUGACCAUACACCAACAUUCGAAUCCGAUGAAUUUCAGGCAAGCUUACGAGAAGGUUCAAGUGUUGGAUCUACUGUUAUUACGAUUAGAGCUACUGAUCAAGACAUAGGAAAAAAUGCUGAAAUUGAGUACACUAUUUCUAGUAUAAAGGGAGAUGGAGAUGGUACUAAAGAACAAGAUGAACAAACUUUCAGAAUAGAUGCCAGAACCGGAACUAUAUCAUCACGUGCAGCCCUGGAUCGCGAAACGUCUGAAACUUAUACAAUUAUAAUAACUGCUACUGAUAUGGCAACACCCCAAACGGAACGAAGAUCUGCUUCUGCUACAGUUUAUGUGAAAAUUCUUGAUGAUAAUGAUAACUACCCGCAAUUCAGUGAACGAACUUACACAGUGCAAGUCAGCGAAGAUCAAUGGACUAAUGAAAACAAUAUCAUAGCACACAUACAUGCAACAGACUUGGAUCAAGGAAACAACGCAGCUAUAAGAUACGCAAUCAUUGGCGGAAACACGCAGUCCCAAUUUUCUAUAGAUUCAAUGAAUGGAGAUGUGUCUCUCGUUAAACCACUGGACUAUGAAAACGUAAGAAGCUACAGGCUUGUGAUAAGAGCGCAAGAUGGAGGAAGUCCCUCUAGGAGUAAUACCACUCAGCUCCUCGUCAAUGUGUUGGAUGCCAACGACAAUGCUCCACGGUUUUACACAUCUCAAUUUCAGGAGGCUGUUCUUGAAAGCGUUCCAGUGGGUUAUAACAUUGUACGAGUUCAAGCAUAUGAUUCAGAUGAAGGAGCCAACUCAGAGAUUUCGUAUAGCAUUCAAGAUAGGGAUGAUAGUUUACCACUAGCGGUUGAUUCGCGAACAGGUUGGAUUCACACCACAAAACCAUUAGAUCGGGAAGAUCAAAGCCGUUAUAGUUUCCAAGUAAUUGCCUUAGAUGGAGGAAUUCCUCCAAAAUCGGCUAGCACCUCAGUUGUGGUGACCAUACAGGAUGUCAAUGAUAAUGAUCCAUCAUUCAGUCCAAAGUAUUAUGAAGCUACUAUAGCAGAAGAUCAACCACCUGGAACUCCAGUGACUACAGUGACAGCUAGCGAUCCGGAUGAAGACUCGAGGCUGCAUUAUGAGAUAACAGCAGGCAAUACAAGAGGAAGGUUUUCCAUAACUUCUCAAAAUGGGCGCGGUUUGAUAACUAUAGCACAACCAUUAGAUUAUAAACAAGAGAGAAGAUUUGCUUUAACUAUAACUGCUACCGACAGUGGCCAACGCACCGAUACUGCCAUUGUUAAUAUAAAUAUAACAGACGCGAACAAUUUCGCGCCGGUGUUCGAAAAUGCACCGUAUUCAGCAUCAGUAUUUGAAGAUGCACCUGUUGGCACUACCGUUUUAGUAGUUUUUGCAACAGAUAGUGAUGUUGGUGUCAAUGCACAAAUUGCUUAUUUCCUCAAUGACGAGUCUGUUAAUGGCCUUGGAAUAAACGAACCUUUCAGUGUGAACCCUCAAACAGGAGCUAUUGUGACAAACGCUCCUCUUGAUCGUGAAACCACAAGUGGUUACUUAUUGACUGUGACAGCUAAGGAUGGUGGAAAUCCCUCUCUUAGUGAUACAACCGAUGUUGAAAUAAGUAUUACAGAUGUCAACGACAAUGCACCGCAGUUCAAAGUUCCACUCUAUCAAGCAACAAUAUCCGAAGAUGCCCUCAUAGGUACGUCGGUUGUGCAGAUUGCAGCAACAGACAUCGAUAUGGGACUCAAUGGACGAAUCAAAUACAUGCUAAGCGCAAAGGAUAUAGAAGAUGGAUCUUUCAUUGUAGAUCCUACCUCCGGUGUAAUAAGAACUAAUAAAGGAUUGGAUCGGGAAAGCAUUGCAGUGUACCACUUAGUGGCAAUUGCUAGCGAUAAGGGAACUCCAACACUGAGCAGUACGGUGGAGGUACAAAUUCGGUUGGAUGAUGUAAAUGAUUCACCUCCUACGUUUUCAUCUGACAAGCUAACACUUUAUGUUCCUGAAAACAGCCCAGUUGGAUCGGUUGUUGGAGAAAUUCAUGCACAUGAUCCAGACGAAGGUGUCAAUGCAAUAGUACAUUAUUCGAUUAUUGGUGGCGACGAUUCAAAUUCCUUUUCACUGGUAACAAGACCUGGCUCUGAAAGGGCUCAGCUUCUCACGAUGACUGAACUUGAUUAUGAAUCCUCGAAAAAGCGUUUUGAACUUGUUAUACGAGCCGCAAGCCCGCCAUUGCGUAACGACGUACAUGUAGAAAUACUCGUAACUGAUGUGAAUGAUAAUGCUCCUAUUUUGCGCGAUUUUCAAGUUAUUUUUAACAACUUUAGAGACUGUUUUCCAAGCGGUGUUAUCGGUAGAAUACCAGCCUUCGAUGCAGAUGUAUCUGAUAAUUUGACAUAUCGCAUUCUAUCAGGGAAUAAUGCAAACUUGGUUAAACUCAACGUAUCUACCGGAGGCUUAACAUUAAGUCCUCAACUCAAUACUAAUGUACCUAAAUUUGCUACUAUGGAAGUAUCCGUUACCGACGGUAUAAAUGAAGCCAAAGCUAUCAUGCAGUUAAUUGUAAGACUCGUAACCGAAGACAUGCUUUUCAAUUCAGUCACCGUGCGGUUGGAUGAAAUGACAGAAGAGGCAUUCCUUUCACCACUUUUAAACUUUUUCCUGGAUGGACUAGCUGCAAUUAUACCAUGCCCAAAAGAAAAUAUUUAUAUAUUUUCUAUACAAGAUGAUGCCGAUAUCGAUUCAAGAAUACUGAAUGUAAGUUUCUCUGCGCGUCGUCCAGAUGUAGCGUAUGAAGAAUAUUACAGUCCUCAGUACCUACAAGAACGAGUUUAUCUCAAUCGUGCUAUUUUGGCUCGCUUGGCUACCGUUCAGGUAUUGCCAUUUGAUGAUAACCUUUGUGUUCGAGAACCUUGUUUAAACUAUGAACAAUGUUUAUCGGUACUGAAAUUUGGUAAUGCCUCUGGAUUCAUACACAGUGAUACUGUGUUGUUCCGACCCAUAUACCCUGUAAAUACCUUUGCAUGUAAAUGUCCAGAAGGAUUUACCGGCAGUAAAGAGCAUUAUUUGUGUGACACGGAAGUUGACCUAUGCUAUUCAGAUCCUUGCCAAAAUGGUGGUAGCUGCAUUAGACGAGAAGGAGGUUUCACCUGUGUUUGUGCAAACUCGUACACUGGAGUUCAUUGUGAGGUGGAGAUAAAAAAGUUGAAACCAUGUGCAGCAGAUACAUGCGGCGAAGGUUAUAGUUGCUUAUCGCAUUCGCUCAAUACACCGCAUAACCCAUCGUACACAAGUACCUGCGAGUUGAUGUCUCGCUCCUUCACAAGGAAUUCAUUUUUGACAUUCCCAAGCAUGAAGCAACGACAUAGAUUUAACAUAAAGUUAAAUUUUGCAACUGUGCGUGAUAAUGGAUUGCUUCUGUACAAUGGUCGAUAUAACGAACAGCACGAUUUCAUAGCUUUAGAAAUCAUCGACGGAAAAGUGAUGUUUUCAUUUUCACUUGGAGAAAAAAUAGAAUCCGUAAGUGUUGAUCAGGAUAAGCGUAUAUCUGAUGGCAACUGGCACACAGUGGAGGUUAAUUACUUUAAUCGUACUGCGACUCUGUCGAUGGAUAACUGUGAUGUCGCACUAGCUCUGGCUAAUUUGGGUUCACGUUGGAACUGUGCUAAUCAAACAACGAUGAUAUUGGAACGAAAAUGUGCCUCAUUGACCGAAUCAUGCCAUCGAUAUCUGGACUUGACCGGGCCACUACAAAUUGGUGGACUCCCACGGAUCCCUACUCACUUUCAAAUACAAUCACAUGAUUUUAUCGGUUGCAUAUCGGAUCUGUACAUAGACAACAAAUACAUAGAUUUAAAUGCUUAUAUCGCAGAUAAUGGAACCAUUAUUGGAUGUCCUCAAAAAGCGUCAUCAUGCGCAUCGGAACCCUGCUUCAAUGGUGGCUCUUGUAGAGAAGGCUGGGGCGAAGGAUGGGAAUGUGACUGCCCCGACGGCUACACUGGAAACGCUUGCCAAGAAGAGGUAACACUUCCUUGGCGUUUCAAUGGAGACGGAAUCCUUAGUUUCAAUCCACUACUAAGGCCUAUUCAGCUUCCGUGGCUUACGGCUCUUUCCGUGCGUACCAGACAGAAAGAUGCGUUUCUUAUGCAAGUUCAAGUAGGUCAGAAUAGUUCAGCUAUAAUAUCACUAAGGAACGGCAUACUUUAUUACAAUUAUAACGAUGAACCGAUGUUUCUUGCUGGGACAAAUUUGGCGGAUGGAAAAUGGCAUCGCAUAGAGAUUAAAUGGUUAGGAACAGAAGUUUCACUAUCGGUGGAUUAUGGACAACGGACAGGCGUUUUACCAAUGAAUCAGAAAAUCCAAGGUCUCUACGUUGGACGCAUUGUAAUUGGAGGGUCAGAGGGCGGUUUGAUCGGGUAUGGUACAUACGGCUAUUUUGAAGGUUGCAUACAAGAUGUCAGAGUAGGAGGAAGUCAAUCUGUGUUGAAUCGUCCAACAAUAAGAGAAAAUGUGAUGGAUGGUUGUCCAUCAAACGCUAAAUGCCCGGAUAAUUGCCCUAAUCAUGCGAAUUGUGUCACCAGUUGGGAUGAAGCCCACUGUGAAUGUAUGCAUGGAUAUGUUGGUAACGAAUGCGUACCAAUAUGCACCACUAAACCGUGUUCAGACAAUGCACAGUGUCGCGCUGACGUAUCGCUUAGGAAAGGAUAUCACUGUGAAUGCAACAGCACGGCACAUUCAGGAGAGUAUUGUGAAAUUGUAACUCAACAACCUUGCCCGGCGGGCUGGUGGGGAGAACGAGGUUGUGGCCCAUGUAACUGUGAUCUGAAACAAGGAUAUCACCCAGAUUGCAACAAAAUAACGGGACGUUGCUUCUGUCGAGAGAAUCAUUAUCAACUUCCCAAUGACACGACUUGCCAUCCUUGUGAAUGCUAUUCAAUAGGAUCGAUUGGAAAAUCUUGCAACACAUCUGGCCAAUGUGAAUGCCGCGAAGGCGUUAUAGGACGGAGAUGUGACACCUGUUCGAAUCCAUAUGCAGAAGUAACAAAUAAUGGCUGUGAAGUAGUCUACGAUGCUUGUCCCAAAUCAUUUGCAGCAGGUUUAUGGUGGCCUCGUACAGCGUUUGGCGAAGUAGCCAUUGAAAAUUGCCCUCUACCGGCCCGAGGGAAAGGUAUGCGAAAAUGUGACCUAGUGGAUGGCUGGAAGCAACCAAAUAUGUUUAAUUGUACAUCCGAACCAUUCUUAGAUCUGAGGAAGCAGCUAUCACAGAUUGAAACCGAGGGAUUAGAAUUGAAUACGUUUAUUGCCGUAAAAAUUGCUGCCACCUUACAAUACGCCUGUAAAACAGUGGAUCGUACCGCCGAUACUAGAAUAGAGACUAAUCAACAGCCAAACUUGCAAAUUUUAGAAACACCGCUUGCUUCUAAAAGCUCUUUAUGGAAACAAGAAGAUUUUGAUUUUGAAUAUCUAAGUGAUUAUCAACAGGUACGAAAAAAUAAACUUUUUGGCGCAGAUGUACUAAUAACAGAACGAUUGCUGCAUGAGUUGAUCAACUACGAGACUCAUCAGAGUGGAUUGAAUUUAUCACACAGUCAAGAUAAGCACUACAUUAAAAAUUUGGUAGAAAGCGCAGGAGUUAUAUUGGACUCAAAAUACACAAAGGAAUGGAAACGAGUGACCGAGUUAACCCAGCGUGGACCAAAUGAUCUCAUUGAAGCAUUUAGUAAAUAUAUGAUGUUAUUAGGCCGAUCUCAACAUGAUACCUAUACGAAUCCUUUUGAAAUUGUCCAUCGUAAUUUAGUUCUCGGAUUAGACAUUGUAACCGCGGAAUCAUUGUUUGGCUAUGAACCCCAACUUUUGAUAGGAUCUCAUCACAAACCGUCUAAAUCUUAUAUGUAUACUACGGAGAGUGUUGUUCUACCGGAUACUAGCUCAUUUUUGCAACAUCAAACGAAGCAGAAACAUCCAAUCAUAGCUUUUCCUAAAUACAAUAACUACAUACAAGAUAAGAAUAAAUUCGACCGUCAUACCAAGAUUUUAAUUCCGUUGGAUUUACUCGGGAUAAUACAACCAGAUAAAAAUGAAGUUACAAACACCAUCAGCGAUUAUCGAGCUAUAGUCUGCUAUGCCCAGUACAAGGAAGCUGGUUCAAUUUCCCCCCCGAAUAUGGACGAAACAAUAACUCGACGUUGGGGAGUGGAUGUGCAGAUAGUGAGUCCCAUUCUUUCACUUGAAAUCCUUGUACCUAACAGUAAAAACAACGAAGACAGAACAUAUAUGGAUCGCUUUGAUAACAAAAAUUUAGCUGAUAAAUCUACCAAGCCGGAUAUUGAUACGUUUUCUACUUCUGUAAGAAAUAUUCCUCCUAAUGAAAAAUUAACGAACGAAAUUAAGAUAUCUAUACACGACAUGAGUGAUCACGAAAAUCUUGAAAACCUCGAUGAGCACCCAGAAAUUAUAAUGAGCAUCGAUGAGAAUCCAUUCGAGGUAUUGAAUCCCCCAGAAAUGGUAGUAUUAUCCCAGCCCAGUGGUAGUGAAGACACCUACGGUCUGGAAGAAGAAACAUAUACUAAAAUCAAAAAACGAAGUUUGCCUGCGCAAGGUUUCAAUCAAAUCGAAUACAAAUCUCUAGGAAGCCCCCAUCUAUCACAGCCAAUAAAAUUGCAAUUAUGGCUGAACGUACCUAAAUAUUCGUUUGGGUCGCGAUCAAAUCCUCAAUGCGUGCGAUGGAACUCCCAUCUCAAUUUAUGGACUAGGCUGGGUUGUCAAACUGAGAUACCUGAUUAUGAUCAAUAUUCUGUAAAUGACACAGUAAUAAUAAAUUGCACAUGUACACAAAUUUCAUCAUACGCAGUACUGGUGGAUGUUAUCGAUCCGGAAGAUAUACCCGAACCAUCGCUUUUAGUCCAAAUCACAUCAUAUUCAGCAUUUGUGUUGUCCCUUCCAGUCUUAUUCGCUGUAAUAUUGUCUCUAGCACUGUUGAGAGGGCUUCAAACCAAUUCCAAUACAAUUCAUCAAAAUCUUCUGUUUUGCAUUUUUAUUGCUGAGCUACUGUUUUUCAUUGGAAUCAAGGCCCAUCGAGAUUUGGUGGAUGACGAGUUCUCUUGCAAAUUUGUUGCCAUCGUUUUGCAUUAUACGUGGUUAGCAGCAUUUGCUUGGACUACUGUGGACUGCGUACAUUUAUAUCGGAUGCUCACUGAGAUGCGCGACAUCAAUCAUGGACCUAUGGGAUUUUAUUAUACACUAGGGUAUGGCGCACCAGCUUUGUUAGUUGGACUUUCGGUAGGGGUGCGCGUACAUGAAUAUGGAAAUAAUGUCUUCUGUUGGCUAUCCGUUUAUGAAUCAGUUAUCUGGUGGUUGGUUGGACCAAUUGUAGUAAUGUCAUCAGUAAAUUUGAUUAUUCUGUUCCUGUCCGUGAAGGCAGCUUUCACAAUAAAAGAUCAUGUGUUAGGCUUCGGAAAUUUGAGAACUUUAUUGUGGCUUUCAGUGGUAUCGUUGCCAUUAAUGGGAAUCAUGUGGGUAUUGUCGGUAUUAUCUGCUUCCGAAAACUCUCAAGUUUUGAAGGUCUUGCUUUCGGUUUUCGUCAUAAUACAUGCAAUAUUCUCAGUUAUCGGUUAUUGUAUCAUAAACAAAAGAGUUCGUGAGAAUCUUCAUAGAACGUUCUUACGAUGUACGGGUCGUAAAGUACCAUUGCUGGAUUCUUCACUCGCUGUAAGCAGCAGCUCCCAAAAUAUUGGCCAAUCAGUCAAAACACCUGGAUUUUCUGGACAGUUUGAUACAGCUCGUAGAAAUAUUGGAAUAAGCACCUCUAGUACAACAUCUAGAAGCACCGCUAAAACUAGUUCAAGCCCCUAUAGAAGUGAUGGUCGAUUCCAACAAACAUCAACAUCUACUUCUAACUACAAUUCAGAUGGAGCUCCAUCCUUUAUGCAUGGUUACACUGGAACAAGUACAAGGAAAGCUAAAGAAAAUACUGAUGUACCUCCGCAAUACAAGAAAAAUAGACGGCGACGGCAGGAAUCAGAAUCUGAAAGUGAAACUGACGGACGCAGCCUAGAAUUAGCUUCAAGCCAUUCCAGCGAUGAUGAAGAAUCGCGUGUUGGUCGAAAUAGCAGCACACAUCGCAGUGUUGGGGUUUCUUCAACAUCAUAUUUACCUAACAUUACAGAGCAUGUAGCUACAACGCCACCCGAAUUGCAUGUAGUGCAAAGUCCACAGCUGUUCCCCAACGUCAAUGGGCCGCGAUGGUCAAGUCAAGUUCCAGAUUCAUAUUUGCCUGUUUCCAACGCAGGAAGGUGGUCCCAAGACACUGGAUCCGACAACGAAAUUCAUUCGCAUGGACCUCUUGUUUCCAAUAUUUUACCUAGUCCAGAUCUAACAGAUACUUCAUACUUACAUCAAAACAGAAUGAACAUGCCACCAUCCAUUUUAGAAAAUAUUCAAGAAAGUUUUAAUUAUUCCAACCAAGAUUUGCGAAGCGAUAAGUACAGCAAUCGUGACUGUGAUACAUAUUCAGAACAAUACAGAGACUAUGAUACCCAUGGAGACCACAUGACAUUACCUUAUAUGUCCCCCGUAGGAAGGAAUCAUCUUUCAGGAUCUACGCAAAUCAUUAAUCAUAUGCGCUCCUAUCAACACGAAAAUAUCGGCGUUUUGAAAGACAGUAUCUAUGAUCGAUCUCGAACAUUGGGAUACAAGUCUGAUUCACCGUAUAUGUCUAAAGAACGAAUAGCUUCUGAACUAUACAGUCCGCGAAACGACAACCAUCCCGCUAAUUCUUUUCAGUCCAGUGUACAAUCGCUUCUUAAGAACGACUAUCAACGGCAUAAACAGCAGCAAAGCGUUGACUCCGAUAGAAUGUCUGAAGGAUCCGAUAAAAAUCCUUACAACUUUCCAUAUACUGCUGAAGAGGAUCAUUCCAGUCAUACCGGAUUUCGAUCCAGUGAAAUUAACGGUUCAGUGGCGAACGGUCGUUUGAAUGGCGCUUCUGCUCUGCAACCCAUGGCUCCCUUGCCCAAUGUAAACAGCAGUUCUGACAGGUGUUGGGAUCGAUUUAAAAAUCUGAACUAACAUGGAAUUAAAUCGGACGAGUUCCAGCCGCGAAAAACACGACGACGAAGAAACAACCGUUUAACAAACACCAAGCCCCGAUAAUCAACAUCAAGCUAGAAACGAUUACAAAACUGUAGAGCGUAAGGGAAAAGCGCUCUGAUACAUACAUUUUAAGCUAUUGAAAGUCCGCUUGAAUACGAGUUUAUGCUGUAGGUACUUAUAAACCGUGUUUUAAACCUUCACAGGUCCGUGAAUUAAUGUAUGUGUUUCGAUUGAAAAGAUCGAAAUGCAAGAAAUUUGAUAAAAAAACAAGUUUAACGAGCUUUAUGUAGUUUGAAUUGUGUGCAAAUAUCUUUGUAUUACUUUUAGUGCUUGUUAAUUUUAUGUAUGAAAGUUAGCUAGUGUGGAACCUCUGGAUGAGCUUCCUUUAGAAAUUCAGUCUUUUAAAUAUUGCCACUAAGUAAAUCUGAUUUUAUCUUUUUAUUUUAUUUUAGCCUGUUUUAAACAAACCUUAAACUUAAUUUUAAUGAAAAAGCAUUUAAAAAUAUGCAUUGUCCAUAAAAGUCUGAGAAACGUAGAAGAAAAGUAGAUUCAUAUUUAGUGCUUGUUAUAACUAAACAAUUGAUCAGAAUCGUAUGCCUUAAGCUUGCUUCAUUUUGAUAUUCAGUCCUAAAAAUGGUGUAUUCCAACCCUCAGAAAAGUGCCUAACGGUGAUUAGGUCUAUAUUUUUAGUAGCUUCAUCAUUUAUAUCUGUAAGAAGCUCUACGAUAAACGUAAUGAAUGUAAUCUCAUUAAGACAAAAAGUUGAUUUGAAUGCAGCAAUCAAAAAGGUUGGAUAACUAUAGAAUAGAUUAAAAACUUCAAUACUCAUAAACCUAUAAGCCCAAUUUUUGUUUUAUUUACGUAUAUGUUGCAGGAAUUCAUUUGUCAGAUUCCAUGUUGAAUGUUAACAACUUUCAUUCAAUAGUUGUUUUUGAUUUGUCGUACAACAAGUGUUACAACAAGUGUACAGAAAGUACCUUAAAUAAUUCUUUAAAAAUGGGAUGCAUGUGCCUCAAUUUUUAAUUUAAUAAGUUUGAGUUUAAUGAUUUUAUUUGUUCAAAAAGUCAGAAAAUCGAAAUUCUACAAUAACUUCUAUCGUAUCUCAAAAGUGCAAAAAUUUAAGAGACUUAUUUUGUAAGAUCAAUCCGAUCCGACAAUAUCUUAUCUCACAUGUCAUGUCAUUUAAUUUUCAAUAUUUAAUGAUUAAAUUAAAGCCACAUUGUCGUACAUGACUAUGUAUUUCUCAACCAGACACAUUACAACUUGUUCUUGAAUUGAGGACAUGUUUCGGUUGAAUAACGUAGUUUUAUGUUUGAUUAAAUUGAUUAAAUGAUCAUUGAAAUAAAAUGUCAUAUGAGACAAUGAUAAAUCUCUUCAUAGACAUUAAACAGAUUUUCAUGUCUCAAAAACAGAACGGAAUUAUUGAAAAACCAUCCAACCGACCAACUGUUUCUAUAAAAUUUAACUUGGUACAGUGCAUAUGUGCAAGGAAAAUAGUGAACACCGCAAAUGAUAUGUGUUUGUCGAUCUGCGGAAAAUAAUAUUUUCGCUCAUAGUUUUAAAUCGCGCUUUUGCGUCGUUUGUCGAGCAUAGGAAAAUGUAAUAACACAACAUUCUUCACAUAAUGAUACUUAUUUGGCAGAUUGGCUUUUUACAUCCAAUAAAAUUUUAAACUACAAAUUAUCUACAAUUUAUACGCAUAAUUUUGGUGCUACAUGAAAUGAUCACGCGCGCAUAUUCAUGUCAGCAAAAAAAAAACUCGAUCAAAAAUAAGAUUACAAACUACAUAGCUUAUCCCCCUCUGAAAAAAGUUCAUUUUUAAUAAGUUUGCGAACAAAAUCGUAAUAAGAUAAAAUGUGGUUAGAGCUUGUAACAUAUGGCAGCAUUGGUUUAUUUUUUAAGAUUUUUGUUGAGUAAUAUUUUUAAUACUUUUUACGGUUUGCUAUGUACGUGUAAUUUAUCAUUUCCCAGUUACUAUUAAUUUUUCAUUCUCAUUUAGUUAGUACCUAUGAAAAAAAUGGACCAUUCCAUCGAAACCGAUCAUUCCAUAGCACAUACCCAAGGUUCUGAUUUUACAGAAUUCAAGUAUGCCAUACAUAACAUUUUAUAGUGUAUUCACUUUUGUAUAAGAUUUAAAAAAAAAAGAUAUCUACAUAGUGAAACGCAUUUUGACUGCAAAGCAAAGGUGAGAUUAUAUAUAUAAAUAAAAGAGAUAGAUUGUAUAUUGAUGCAUUUAAACUUGAAGUAUUGAUGAACCCAGUGUAUGAUUUAUAAGGAUAGAAAUAUACAUGUAUUGAAACUGGA